AUGCUUACUAAUAGAUUUUCAAUUAUUUAUAUAAUAUUUUUAACUGUGUUCACAUUCACUGGUGUAAAUUCAACUAGCUUGUUUUCAUUUACUCAUGAAACUGAUAAUUUUUUCCAACUUGAUUUAUUAAAUGGUGAUUUAGCUGUAAAUCAUACCAUUUAUCAAACUCUUAAAUAUUAUCAUGUUAUUAAUUAUGAUUCAAAUUCCCAAGUAUUUACCUUAUUUUGUAGUAAUGGUAGUAUGUAUGAUGGAGGUAUCAAUUAUAUGUCAUUAAAAUAUAGCGUAAAACAUAAUAAAUUCUAUGACGAAAGUGAAUCAGUUUUAGUAGAUGCUCAAUUUGUAUACACUUCACUUUUUCAAUUGGUUAACAAUGUUUAUUAUGUACCAAUUAUUUUAGAUUCUUAUCAAAGAUAUUCAAUGUUGGCAAUUGAUUUUAAUCAUAAUUCAAGUAAUAUUAUUGAUUUUGAAAUGGAUGAUUUUAAUUUAGGAUAUUAUCCAACAAGUAAUUUUAACAAUCAAACUAAUAAACUUUAUACAUUAUAUUUUGGUGCAUAUGGAAAUCCAUAUAUUCAAGUUUUAAAUUUACCAAUUAAUAAUGGAAGUGAAAGUGGUCAAGAAGUUUAUAAAUUCAAAGCACAAAUGCCAGUUCUCUCAAAUUUAAAUCCAAUUGGUCAAUUAUUUAGUGUUCGAAAUAAUGAACAAAUUUAUUAUAUUACAAGAAUUAAUGAUAAUCUUGUUGUUUGUGAAAUUGAUUUAGAGAAUUUAGAAUGUAAUAAUGUAUUUUCAAUUGGAAAUAUAUAUACCAAUAUGGAUACCUCAUACUUUUUCUCUUAUGAAAAUUCAGAAUUAAUUUCAAUUCAAGAAAUUUUAGAUCAACAUAGUAAUCCAAUUGGUGCUGAAUAUCAAGUGGUUGAUUUAAAUAAUUUCAAAGUUAAAAAUACCUAUAAAAGUUCUGAUCUCUUUAGUAAAGGUCCAAAUAGUCUUGAUAAUUUCUUUUAUUUUUCAAAUAAUUAA